AUGAUGUGCCUCUUCAAGCCCCGGCUGUGCUGGCCGCCGUGUUCCUGCGUGUGUCGAGGGCUCAGCUGGAGUGUCUGCUGAUGCGCAGUGAACUCUUCCGACGCUUGACAGGAUUCCAGUGACACCUGACCUAAUCUCCGGCUCAAGUUUGGUACUGACGUCUUCCCGCCCAAUGUACCUUGGUCCAUUUGACACUCCGCCUGCUGCGACUCACGCUACCUACCAAUAUUCCCGCCCUUAAGUUGCCUGACUUCACAUCUGCGUGUAAAGUGCCCUUGCUUGGACACAUCCACGGCUACCUGCGGCGCCAUAACUCGCACUGCACUCGCGCAUGGAGAUCCCUCCCGCUGCCAAUGUCCUUUGUAUCAGACACGCUACUCUCCGGCGGUGCACGACUGCAUGUAGCAAGAGGAGGACACCAAGGCAAAGAUGCUGGAAAGCGGUCGAAUCAGAGCCAGGGCGGGCGUCUGGACCCUCUGAUUCGGCUCGUGAAAGAUCCAUUCGGCGUAUUCGGCGGCGCGAGAGAGGCAGACGAGGACGAGAGCGCACAGAAAGCCAAAGCGGACGAGGACCGUAAGCAGCUGCUGUACCUGCGCCUGCGAGAUGCCGAAAGCUACGACGACUGGAAAGCCGCCGCGGCCGAACUCGACACCCUCGAAGGGAAUGAUGCCUGGAAGCUCGAAGACGCAUCCUCCGAAUACGAUGCCGAGCUUGUCAAAGUUCGACUCGACGAGCUCAACGAGGCCCGCCUGAAUUGCGACGUAAAGCGCAUGCUGUUCCUCGUCCGGACCACCCUAACACGCGGCCUCGGUGGCAUGGGCGAUCUGCGCCUCUACAAGCAUUCACAUGUCGGCACGAAGAAGCUAAUAGAGCGAUACAUCGACUCGGCAGUGCAGACGCUGGCAGCAAUACCAGAAGUGGCGGCCAAGCAGGGCGACACAUGUCCCGUCAAACCCCACAGGGUUGCCGAAGAGCUCCUCCGCACCCGCCAAUCCUUCGGUCGAACAGCGCUGUUGAUGUCGGGUGGAGGCACCUUUGGGAUGAACCAUGUUGGUGUGGUAAAAUGCCUGUGGGAAUUGCAACUUCUCCCCCGCAUCAUCUCGGGCGCGUCUGCUGGAAGUAUCGUCUGCGCCGUCUUGUGCUCCAAAAUCGACGACGAGAUCCCCGGCGUCUUGUCCGACUUUUGCUACGGCGAUCUGGACGUGUUUGAGAAGGCUGGCGAAGAAGAGGGCGUCAUUCAGAAGGUCACGCGCUUUCUCAAGUAUGGAUCGUUGUUUGACAUUUCGCAUCUGCAGAGAGUUAUGAGGCAGAUGCUGGGCGACAUCACCUUUCAAGAGUCAUACAAUCGGACACGAAGAAUCCUGAACAUAACUGUGUCGAGCGCAAGCGUGUAUGAACUCCCGAGGCUUCUCAAUUACGUCACGGCGCCGGAUGUCAUGAUUUGGUCUGCCGUAUGCGCAUCGUGCUCCGUUCCCCUUAUCUUCUCUGCAGCAUCUCUCAUGGCCAAAGACCGAAAAACAGGCAGAGAAGUGCCUUGGAAUCCUAGCCCAAACGAGGGCUGGAUUGAUGGGUCGGUCGACAACGAUCUGCCCAUGACGCGUCUGGCCGAAAUGUUCAACGUUAACCACUUCAUCGUAUCUCAAGUCAAUCCACACGUCGUGCCUUUUCUUGCCAAAGAAGAGCACGAUAUAGGCGCAGAGGUGCAACAACAAAACUCAGCAUUCUCCGCUGGACCCGGCUGGAUGCACAACAUGGCAAGCUUUGCGAAAGGGGAAGCUCUGCAUCGCCUCGAAGUGCUCGCGGAGAUGGGAGUGUUUCCUAACACCAUGACCAAAGUCAGAUCUGUCUUGAGCCAGCGAUAUUCCGGCGACAUUACCAUCUUCCCCGCUAUCUCCUACACAAACUUCCCAAAGAUCCUUAGCAACCCAACAACCGACUACAUGCUGCGCUGUUUGCUCGCUGGGGAGCAGGCGACUUGGCUUAAAGUCUCCCGAAUUCAGAACCACGUUGCUGUAGAGCUCGCCUUGGACGAGGCUGUGAACCAGAUCCUUCCUUUUGUGCAUUUCAGUAAAAGCCAAGUGGACCUUCGCCUCUUGAAUGUUAAUCGGCCAGCAUCACAGGGCGUAGAACUCCCUCCCACGCAUCAGCUCCGGAGACACAAGAGGGACUCUCAUUCCGAGGGCCAAGGUCUCCCUCUUGCGCCGUUUACGCCCUUCACAGAAACGCCGUCGCCCGGCUUUUCGCGACGACCUGGGUCGCGUGGCCAAGGGCUCACACCCACCGCCUCCAGGCCGUAUCUUCCUUCGCGGCCAUCAAUGAGAAAUUCCAAGUCUCCUGAUUUUAACAGAGUAGCCUUUUCAACCGUAGAAGCAGUCUCAUCAACCGACGCCGACGAUUCGCCCACCGACGCCGACGUAUCCGACAACAUCGCGUCUGACACCACCGAGAUCCUAUCUUCGCCAUCGCUAUCACACUCGCCUCCUCCAAACAUUGCCGAGCUCUAUCGAUCCUUCCCUGCGGUCUCGAAUCCGACGACCCCAGCUGCCCCCGCGGAGUUGUUCAGUGGCCAGAACGGAUCCAGACAUCUGGCGCCAGGCACACCAAGCUCGCCCGAGCUGCGCUACAAGCGGCUUUUCCACCCACCAGCGCAGACACGCGAGCCGGAGCCCGCAUACAAGCAGGGAAUCAAGCGCGUGCUGCUGCCGCUGAGCAGCAUCCCGGUGUUGAAACCCAUGGAGAACAAGCCGGAGCAGCAGGGCGCUCCGAGCUCUACGCUGGCCAAAGCGGCUUCGUUGGACGAGCGGGAGGUGGAAGCCUUGGACGCGCCUGGCCUCAGCCCGCUCAGCACGCGGGACGGCGCGCAAGAGAUGGAGGGGUCGUACUUUGAGCGGAAGAUGCGGGGUCUGCACCGCGGGAAUGGCACGCCACGAUGGGGCAGCCCGACGAGGGGCACGGCGGUGCUGAGGAGGAAGAAAAGUAAAGGCGGCAGUGUGGGCGGUGAGCGUGCUUGAGAUGCAUGCCGUUGGUUACGAUCAUUUGACGGUUUCCUUUGUCGCAGUCAUUGCGUCAGCGGUGUUUUUUGGUACUCAGCGCGUGGUUCGCGUGAUGGAUGGAUAGAGAGAGGGAUGGGGGCACCUAAGAUGAUACCUUUGCUGGAUAGACGCGGUGUUGGGGUUGGAUAGGGUGUCACCUAGAGGGGCACGAUGCAGACCUAGGCCGGUUGCUGCACCUACUAUCAUACAUUUAUUUUUCACGUU